GGGUGGGGGGUGAGUCUCCUGGGAUCUUUCUCUCCUGUGAAGAGGGAGAGAUGCCACAGCAGAGAGCAAGAGACCCUACGGGGCCGAGACAAGAAGUGGGGGCAGCGCCAGGGUGGGGCUGGCCCCCACACCCAGGCCGAGAGCAGGGGGCUCCCAGGCAGGGCCCCACUCCCAGCCCAGGGCCCAGACCCUGCCCGUGCCCGCCCCUGACGCUGGGGGGUGGGGCCCCAACCUCGCCCAGGGCAGUCCCCUCCCCACUCCAGUGCCGGCCGCUGGGGUCUGCAGAACAGUCCUUUCUGCAGCUGGAGCAGGAGAACCACAGCCUGAAACGGCAGAACCAGGACCUUCGGGAGCAGCUAGGGGCCCUCCUGGGGCCGGGGCAGCAGUUCCUUCCCCUGUGUCCUGAGCACUCCAGCUGCACAGUCCUGGCCUGGCCCCCGGAGCCAGCUGGCACCCAGCGCCUGGAGGAGCGGGCCCCUUUGCAGCUGCUGCGGCAGGAGCUAUGCCAGGGGCACGAGGCCUUCCUGCAGCAGUCCCAGAACGAACUGCAGCAGAUCCGACUGUCCUUUGAGAGGAAGAAGAUGGCCAUCACUGAGGUGUGGGACGGCGUGGCCGAGGUGCAUAUGGCCCUGAACAACCAGGCCACUGGGCUCCUGAACCUCAAGAAGGACAUCCGGGGCGUGCUGGAUCAGAUGGAGGACAUUCAGCUGGAGAUUCUAGGGGAGCGGGCCCAGUGCCGCGCCCAGGCCAGGAAGGAGCAGCAGAUGGCAUGCAUGACGAAAGGGAGGCCGCAGCUGGGAUGUUCCGAGGGCCUCACGGGCCAGCUCUGGCUCCUGUCAGUGCCCAAGGCUCAGGCGAGGAGACCACAUUGGUAGACAGCUGUGGAGGUAAACACCAAAAAUUUUAUUUGGGGAAAUGAAUUGGGGGUGGUACCCUUUAGAACAAUAGAGAAUAGCUUUGUGGCUGUCUUGUCCCAAAAUGGGAGAAAUAGAGCCCUGCCCAGAGUGGACUCCGGGGACAGGGACCUUGUGCAGAAGGGCUGGCCAGGAUACCACCCCAUCCUGCCCCAGGGCAUCCAGGCCAAACUGGCCUGGGGGCUGCAGGGCUGUGGACUGCGGACCCUCUGAGCUCCCAGGUGCAUCAUCUCUGGGUGCUGGUGGCCAGGGGGCCGUGGCAUAGCUGGCUAGGGGGACUUGGCGGGCAGGCAAGGGGGUCAGUGGCUCACCAGGCUGGCGGCUGCAGGAAGUUAAGGCAUCUGUUCAUGUGCUGGGGACAGGGUGGGGGCAGUGCAGUGACCUGCAGGGGCAACCUGAGAACUCCCCCCAGCCCAACCCAGAGGCCUGAGCCCCCUAGGGAGGAAGUGACUUAGUCUAAAGUGCUUAUUGGGCAGGGAGGCUGGGGUGGAGGUCCUGCUGGUCCCAGCAGCUCCAGGGCCGCCCUCUUGGGGUGUUGGACCCCCUGCAGCAGGUUGGGGACUUCUUGAGGUCACAUGGACACAGGGUCACGGGCCCCAGCAGGCUGGGACUCAGUCAAGAUGCAGCUGGUAGAGGACAGACUUCCAGGCCACACCCAGCCCCACCCCAGGGUCCGCGGCAGCCUGGCCUCCUGGGUCUGCAGCUGGGUGUCUACUUGGUGUCCUGCUAGGGGCC